AUGAUCUGCGCGUCGCUCACCGGAGCCGUGCCGGCCGUUGGCGGCGCCGCCGCCGCCGCCGCCGCCCAAUGCUCGUUUGCCUCUCGUUCUCCCCGCUGUACCUUGGCCAGCAUCUCCUUCGCUGCCCCCAACUCCCGCAUCCUCUCGAAUGGGAUCGCCUGCAAGAGACCGCAGAUGUUGACGCGCCUGCCGCCGGCCGCGGCUGCGGCCGUGGCUGCGGCGGAAGCGGAAGAAUCCCUGGGCGUACCAGUCUCGGAGGACGAAGGGAAGGAGGUUGGAGAUUCCUCACACUCGUCUCAUUAGUUUUUCCCCCAAAUUUGAUGAUCGAUUGAGUGUCUGAAUUAGGAUCUCGGGUUUCCCCAGUGAGAUAUAUAGAGAUGAUCUUCUUAGUGUGUCCAUCGGGUGCUUGUGUGAUGCAGAUUCUGCAGGUGGCGGCGAAGGGCGCGGUGGGGAAGCCGAGGCUGGUUCUCAAGUUCAUAUGGAUGGAGAAGAACAUCGGCCUGGCCCUGGACCAUGUCAUUCCAGGCCACGGGGCCGUCCCGCUGAGCCCUUACUACUUCUGGCCCCGCAAGGACGCGUGGGAGGAGCUUAAGACCCUGCUGGAGAGCAAACCCUGGAUCUCCCAGAAGCGCAUGAUCAUCCUGCUCAACCAGGCCACCGACAUCAUCAACCUCUGGCAGCAAAGUGGGGCAGGCAAUUUGCAGCAGUAG